AUCAGCGGUCGAUAAAUAAAGCGAAUUAUAGAAAACAAAAAUAGCCCGAAGUGCUUUAGUGUAUAUAUUUGGGUACAAUGAGCGAUAUUUUAGAAGAUGAUCUCGAGUUUCGGGGCGGUACGCUUCAACUUUCAACCGACAAUUCUGCGGUAGGUGUUGUUGAAAAUCAGCCCAGUGUCACGACAGAUUCUACAAGAAAACAGUCCCAGGGCAAUGUGCAUCCUUCUGUUCUCUCCGGUGCAGAUUCUUUGACAUCAUCUACUAAUUCUUUUGCAGAUGCUAGAACACAGGAACAGCAGAAUGCCUCAGGAUUAUCUCCAACAGAGUCUCAGACGGUAUACCCUCGGUAUGAUGUGCCAUUCAAUAAGGAGAAUAUAAAAGACUUCUUCACAUUCAGAAAAGGUGUUGUAGAAGCAGCCAUACAGGAAUGUAUUACCAUUUUGCUGUUUCCGGAGGAUGGAGAAUACCUAGGGUCCUGGCUUUUGACAGAAAUAACAUUAUGGGACAACGAAAAGGAGAGAAUCGUACUGCUUACUUCACGACUAGUUAUGACUAUCAAAUAUGACUUUAUUGCUAUGAAACAGUUGGAUUUUAAAAAGACUUAUCUUGAUGACUUAGAUACUAUUGUGAUCGGUGAACUGGUUUAUCCUCCAUCUUCAUUGGUACCCCGUAUAAAUGGGUUGGCGACAGGGGUUUCGACGGUCGUCAAAGAUUGUGUGAUUGAUCGCCUCUGCCGUCGGCCUAGCACUGAGGAAGUUCCAGAAGGCAUCAGGGAUAGUAGACUGUUCGAUACCAAGUAUUUUGAACCUAGGGAACGUAACCUGCGUGGAGUCCGUUUGAUGUGGAACAAAGGUGAGCCACUGCCUCUGAAGACUGUUUGGAAUCCGUUUAGUCAGGAUGUACCAUUUCUGACAUUUGCCUCACAUCCUAUUUAUUGGCAUAAAGAUGGUGGAGUAGAGGAGCGCGCCACGUACGACAUGGAAACUUUUGCCCAAAAGCUACAAAGAGCUAUUGAAAUAAUGCCUUCUUCUUCCUGUUGCAUACAUCACUCACCCAUUGUCAUACAAAGCUAUGUUGGACUAACAUCUAUGCUCCAUAAUAAAACCAGUAUGGGAUUCUUCAAGGUCAGGGGAAAGUUUAGUUUCUAAACCAUACAAAAGAUGGCCCUGGGUAAGAAUGUGAUAAUCGAUUCUAAUCGUUGAUUAAAAAAAGUUUGUCGAAUAUUAUGAUGUGAUUUUUGUGACAUUUAGUCGUAGCUUACGUCAGUGUUGUCAAAUUCUAUUGUAAUUGUUAUAUAAAUAAAGAUCAUAAAAAUUAAUAAAAAAAUUUAGAUAGAGUACAUACAUAUUACAUAAAGAAAAAUUUAGCUUUGUGCAAUACAGAUUUGCUUCACAAUACUUACAUGGUAAUUGUUAGUAUUUUAUAUUUUAAAAAUUUGGAGGAAAUUAUAAGAUUGUUAAAAAUGGUUAAGAAUGUUAGAGGUUCUAGAUAUUGAAGUGAUAUGAUAGUAUUAAAAGAUAACGUUGGUAAUUUACGAAUCAUCUGUAUUGAAUAUGAAAGAAUUAAGAAUCGUAUUUUUAGUGAUUAAUCAAUCUCUUUUUUUUUUGUCUAGGUACUAUCUGUAUCCAGUACUUUUAAAAAUUAAUCAAUCUAUGCAUUUUUUAGUAUUCGUAGUACUUAAGCAUUAUCAGUGAAAGCUUUCUUCUGCUAUUCUUAUUCCAUUCAGAAUGAUUUGAUAGAAUUAAAAUAGUUUUGCUAAGUACGCUGAUGGGUUUUUAUGUAAAUGUGUGUGUUAGUCCUCGCAUAGUAUCCUCUGAGUGCAUCGACUAGUUCAACAUAGCUAUGAUGUGACUAUUAGAUCCAAUAUGAUGUAGGAUAGCAAUGAUUUCAAUUUUUCAUAAUAUAUUUCUAAUGUAUAACAAAUAUUACCAAAAUGAUGAUAUUACUUUUGGUUCAAUAUGUGCAAUGACCAUAAUGCUUAAUGUCUUGAUUGUGUUGAUGGUGAAAAAUGAAAAUAGCAUGUAUUUUGUCAUGCACAUUUUCAUAUUAGUUUUUGUUUACCUAUAUGUAAUUUCGUGCUUCUUAUUUUCUAGGUAAACAAAGAUUGUAUGUUAUAAAAAAACACACACACAAACACCUUUUUGUAGAAAAAGAGAAUCAAAUGUAAAUAAAAAUUUAUGGUUUUUGAAGUACAGGUAUGAGCGAUAAGAGGCAUAUUGUGGAGCGCAACACACACUAGUCUUUAAAUGUUUUUAUUAAGAUCGCGUAGGCAUCUAUAAAUCAGACUGCUUCUCUUGGAGAGUCAAAAAUAUCAAACACACCACUUGUAAGCAAACAUAACUUUGAUGGCCAAUUUCCAAUUGCAUUGUUAUCAGUUUUUAUACCUCCUCAAUUUUUCUCUUGUAUCUGGAUGACUGAUGUGUUUCUUCAUCUGUAUAGUCACUCACCCAAAAGGGAACUCUGCUGAGAGGCAACUCAUGUGUUCUCAUUCUUGUUCUGUCUCUUUUGCCAAUCAGUAUCAUUUGCUCAAGGUUUUCGGAUAUUUAAGUGCAAUAUGACUGAAAUACUAUUGAGCUCAGUAUAGGAUGUAAAGGUACUGAGAGUUGUAAUAAAAUGCUCACAUUUGCAUUUUGAGGUGUUCCAAGCUAGGAUUUUCUUAGUAUCUUUUGAUUUCGAAUUUUCUAGAGAUGAAUGCCUAGAAAAUACUGUUUAGAUUGAGUUCAAAUUAUGGAAUAAAA